AUGUUGGUAGUCUUGAUAGCCACAAUAUUUUCACCGGUCAUUGUUGCCAUCCUAAGGAAGACUGCACCCCAAAGUGGUAUUUGGAGUCAUUAUCAGUCACCAAUGUGCCUUUGGGGACCUGAUGAACCAAACUUUGAAACUCCUAAGAAGUGGACAAACUCUGGUCAACCUGCUAGUAAUCCUGCUGAUAGUCAGGAUGCUUCCUUCUGGCACGCAUUUGAUCUUCUUAUCGUUAUUAAAGUCACUCUAGAUGUCAUUUUUGUAUACUCACGUCAAUUUUUCACUGAUCUCUACGACACCAAAGGUAAUCCCGCCAAUGACCCUAAUGCUGUCACUCUCAGUGGCGGUGCUAGUUUUAAUGCUAAGGCUGCCAUCACAAUCAAAGGUACUAAUUUUUCAGCGCUCAGUGGUGAAGUUAUCAUCACGAUGUCCAGUGGAAACAUCAACAAGUUAUAUGGUGGUGAUCUCCAAAUCGAAACUCCUCUCAAUCAGGAUACUGUUCUAAAACUUAAUGCCAACGGCACUCUAAGUGGUGGUACUGUUAGAGAUAAUCCUAAUGUUACUCUUAAAGGUACAAUAGUGGUCACCUCAAAUGAUCAAGCUCUUGGCCAAAGUCUCAACUUCGGCGGCGGCGGUGGUGUAACUGGAACCCUAAAUCUCGAUGAUGGCACUGGUGAAGGUAGCACUAAGCAUGUCAAAAUCACUACCGGUUCUAAUACAAUCACAAUACCUGAAGGUGCCUAUACUAAGACUGCUACUACUCUUAAGAUUGGUAAUCCCGAUGCUCUGAGUACUCCUCGUAAUCCUGAUAAUGCUACGGGAGAUGCUAAAGAAGCUAAACUCGCUAAUGAAACGAGUUUUACUAAGUACUGGCAAUUACUUCCUCCUAAUAACAUUUAA